AUGGCUGAAUGGCUUUAUACCGACCUUGGGUCGGCGUUGGGGAUAUAUUUCUGCUUCAUCCCUCAGCCACUUAAGUAUUUUUAUAACGUCAUUAGGGCGGCGCGCCACCCUCGAGGACGUAACAACGCUUCUACAACUUUACAUCAUUACCUGGCUAUCAUUAUUGGGGUACGUAAAUGCGGUACCCGGGCGCUACUGGAAAUGCUCUACCUCCACCCAGGAGUACAGAAGGCGGCGGGAGAGGUACACUUCUUCGACAGGGAUGACAACUACAAGCGAGGACUGGAAUGGUACCGGAAGAAGAUGCCACACUCAUUUCGCGGGCAGGUCACCAUCGAGAAGAGUCCCAGCUACUUUGUCACACCAGAGGUACCUGAAAGAAUCAGAGCCAUGAACGCAAGUGUAAAACUACUGCUGAUCGUGAGGGAGCCGGUAACAAGGGCAGUAUCAGACUACACCCAGCUGAGGAGCCAUGCGACAACAUCACCUCCUUCACCUCCAUUCGAGAAACUGGCAAUCAGGCCCGAUGGCUCAGUUAAUGCUGGCUACAGGCCGUUGGCACUAUCCCUCUACCACAACUUCAUGCACAGGUGGCUUGAGGUUUGA